AUGGCCCAGUCCAAGAACCACACCACACACAACCAGUCUCAAAAGUGGCACAGAAAUGGCAUCAAAAAACCCCGAUUACAAAGAUAUGAAUGUCUUAAGGGGGUAGAUCCCAAGUUCCUGAGGAAGAUGUGCUUUGCCAAGAAGCACAACAAUAAGGGCCUGAAGAAGAUGCAGGCCAAGAAUGCCAAGGCCGUGAGUACACAUGCUGAAGCUAUCAAGGCCCUUGUAAAGCCCAAGGAGGUUAAGACCAAGAUUCCAAAGAGUGCCAGCUAUAAACUCAGUCAAAUUGCCUACAUCGCCCACCCCAAGCUUGGGAAGUGUGCUCCUGCACACAUUGCCAAGGGUCUCAGGCUCUGCUGGCCAAAGGUCAAGGCCAAGGAUCAAACGAAGGCCCAAUUUGCUGCUUCAUCUGCAGCUCCAGCUUCAGUUCCAGCUCAGGCUCCCAAAGGUGCCCAGGCCCCCAUGAAGCCUCCAGGCAGAGGCAUCUGUCUGCCAUGAGGACA